AAAAUUGAAUAGAACACAGACUGAUUUCAGUCUUGAGAUCUCUUCUUAUGCUCAAAAUCAGCUCUGUUCUUUGAAUAUCUUCAGAGAAACAAUGUCAUUAUUCUUCACAUCGAGCAACAAUAACCUCAUAAUCCACGCAGCACUUUCUCUCUUCCUCACUCUCAUCUUCUCCUUCAUCAAGAUCCCAUCCUUCUUCCUUCAUGGCCUCCACACUUACAUCCACCCUGAUGACGUCGCACCCCCAAACCCCAACUCCUCCGGUAUCAAAGCCGCAAUCCGAAGGCCGGGUGACGCCACUACUGGUGAAUUGAAACCAAGGAAGAAAUCCAAUAAGUUUGAAUUUGAUGAAAACAAGGCUCAGAUCUUUAGACUCAAACUCAAUCACAAUCACCUCCAAUCAAGGCUGUAUUUCGAUCAGUUUCGUGGGGUUUUCAAUUUCACCAUCGUCGCAUCUUCUUGCUUGUUGCUUCAUAACUUUUUACCUUCAUCAAAAGAUUCCUCUGGGGUUCUGCCAAAUGGUACAUUGAUUCCAAUCCUGUUAGGGCUUUUAGGGCUUGUUAGAGUAUUCGUCACGAUUGCUAGGGUUUCUUUCGAGCGAUCUGCCUCCAAGAGUUCUGAAAAACAAUUGAGUGUUUUCGUCGGGUUUUCCGCGACUGUAAUCGCCUUCCUCAUCGUCCUCCAAGUUUUUCCCAAUUGGGUUUUCGAUUUUCCGUUUGAAUCUCUCGAUGGGUAUGGAAAAUUUUGCACCGCCGUAUUCAUGGGCUCCCUCGCCGGACUGUUAUACGUUCCGGCAACUAAAACCGCUCGCGCCUACUGGCUUGGAACAGAUCAGAUUCGCUGUAAUUUAUCGAUGAUUCACUGCGGAUGGUUUGGAAGAACACUACUUCACAUCACCUACUUAUUAGCGAUCUUCACUUCAUUGCUUUGGAUUAACCCCUUUUCCGAACUCCUUGUUAACAAAAACAUCGACACAAACAAACGAUCACAAUCAAAUCAUUCACCCAACAUUCAACACAAAGAUCGUUUAGUUGGCAACGUGGGUAUGUCAAGAUCCGAUUUCAACAACUUCCGGCUAUGGUGUAUGCUAGCAACCGGAGUUUUACAAAUGCUAACAUUUCGGGCGAAUGUGCAAAUGUUUUUGAACGAAGCAGUGUUAUCAUGGUACCAAAGAUUACAUGCAAGUAAGUUCCCUGAUUUGGAUUACAGUCGAGCCAAAGUGUUCCUCCAUAACCACUAUUUGUGCCUUGCUGCUCUGCAAUUCUUCUCGCAGCCUGCUUUUGUUCUCCUCUUUCUUGGUUUAUCACGAAUCAAUGAUAAUGUUCUUGAUCACUUUCCAGCUUUGUGUAACAUGAUCCCAUGUUCUGCUUUGAUCAAAGAAAUGGGUUUGUUUAUGGCCUGGUGGGUUGUUUUCAUUUGGUGUAUUUUUGUUUCAGUUAAUCUUGCCCUAUAUAGAAAUGGGAUUAUGUAUGUUUCUUAAUGGUGUUCUUUUUUCAUUUUCGUAUCUACGACUGUUGUAGAUUACGUGGAUCCAUAAUUUGGCUAGAUUUUGGUUGUAGAGUUUUGUGUUAUUAACAAAAUUCUUCCAUUUUUGAUCAAUUUUUUUACUAUUAUUGUGAUA